AUGCAACGUACAGCAGUAUUACCUAAUAUUACAUUAUCUGAAGACGAUGCAGUUGCAGGAACAAAUCGUAUACGUCUUCUUAAAGCCGAAGAAACAAAAAACGACUGGAAAUGGGCAGAUAAAAUGAGAAAUCUAGUUCAAAUUCAUGAAUACCUUUGUCAUAUUGGUGAAGCUAUCGAAUGGAUGGAAAGCUUUUUAGGCGAAAGAAUUGAUGAUCAUGAUAAUAAAGAAGCAUCGAUUGUGCAGUUAGAAAAGACAUUGCAUGAUGGUGUAGUCUUGGCCAAGUUAGCCAGACGAAUUCAUCCUGGUGUCAUUCAAAGUAUCAUCUCUAGUGAUACUAAAUUUAAAUUUUUAAGAUCUAAUAAUAUCAAUGCAUUCUUUACCGUCCUGAAGGAAGUUGGAUUACCUUCUAUUUUUUGGUUUGAAUUUGUUGAUUUAUAUGAUGGAAAAAACAUGCCUAAAGUGAUUUACUGUAUUCAUGCUCUCAGUCACUUACUACAUUCAAAUGAUUCUGCACCCAAAAUGAAAAAUUUAAAUGGUGAAUUUAAUUUUUCUGAAGAUGUUUUAGUAGCAACUCAACGUAACUUGGAGAAAUCAGGUGCAAUUAUACCAAACUUUAGUAAUCUCGGCUCUUCAUUACAAAAGGAAUUAAAUGGAAGUGCACGUAAACAACAGCAACCUAUCUACACAUUCAAGCCUAUUGAAGAACCUUUAUUAAACGACGAUCAUCAGUAUAUUUUACCAAAAAUUCAUCAUUUUAACGAUAAAGCACCAGAUUUAUUAAUUACUGAUUUAUAUGAUUCUGAUACAGAAUCAAGGGCUUCAUCUAGUGAUGAGCAAGAAAGCCCUCCUUUACCUACUAUGCAGCGCUUGCAGUUUAUGGAUGUUGCUCAGGAUUUGUAUUCUAGUAGUUCAGAAUCUGAAGUAGAAGACAAUGUGUCUGAAUUCGAACUGGAAAAGAUCGAAGAAAGGCUGGAUUCUUUGGACGGUCAUUUUUCAGCACCUGAAAAUAAACAAGCCCUCAUAACCAUACAGGGAAAUAUUCGUGCACAUAUAGCACGCAAUCAAUUCCAAAAGAUUAAAGACCAACAUCGUCAUCAAUCUGUUCAUGGCACAAUCCGAAGCAAACAAUCUCGAGUUUAUUCGCAAUCUAUUCAUCGUCAAUUUGGUGAAAAACGACUCGAGUAUUUUUCAGGUCCCGAAGAAUGGGUUACUGCCUUACAGUCUAUGAUUCGACGAUUCUUGGCUAUGAAACAGCUUGGAGAACAACAACAUCGAAUCCUUGAAUACCAAUUACAGUCUGGAAGAUUACGAACAGAAGGCAAAUUUACAGCGCAAUAUCACGAAAAGGCCUAUCAAAAACUAAAGACAGAAAAGAAUCCCUCCAUUGGUGUUGUCAAGAGUGUAUUACAUAUGCUUAGUAACAGCGAUAUUGACUUUAGAGAGGAUUUAAUUAUUGAAGAACUUCGUCAAAAGGUCAUUGAGUCUAUUCGUGAAAAUAAUCAAUUAGAUACUCAAGCCAGUAUGAUUGAUAUCCAAAUUGCACUUUUACUCAAAAAUGCUGUCACAUUGGAUGAGGUCGUUAAGCUUAGUAAUGCAUUUUUUAAUCCAAAUCGUAAAAAGAUUCAACAACAACGAUUUUCUGAACUGGUUUCAUCUACCUCGAUGAAUAGCCCCUACGAUUUACGUGGUGUUGACAAAAGCCAUCGCGAUAGACUCGAAUUGUAUCAACAAUUGGUCUAUCUCUUACAAACUGAACCAAACUAUCUUGCACGUCUUAUGUCCAUCACUGGAGGUCAAGUACAUGGCGAGAGAAAGGGCCAACAUAAAAUUGAGGCUACUGUAUUAGGUCUAUUUGGUUAUGGUACAAACGCACGUGAAGAAUAUCUCUUGAUCAAUUUAUGUAAAGCCUGUAUUGUCCAAGAAAUGAAACAGGUCAAGAGCCCUCAAGAGUUCAUGAGAGGGAACUAUACAUUCAUGAAGCUGGUUGUUCAAGUUAACCGUGGUGCUAAAGAAAAGGAAUUCUUUUCAACUUUAUUUGAACCAUUGAUCAAUAAAGUCUUGGACGAUAAUAACUUGGAUCUCGAAACAAACCCAAUGGUAAUCUACAAAAAAUGUAUUAGUCAAGAAGAAUCUGCUACAGGACAACCUUCCAAACGUCCAUACGAUAUCACUCAAGCCCAGGCACUUCAGUUGCCUGAUGUUCAGCAUCUUUUCUUUGAACAUUUACAAAUGCUACAAAAAAUAACUCAAGAAUUCUUAGAUUCUAUCAUUAGUACAGUGAACACGAUGCCUUAUGGUAUGCGAGUCAUUGCAAGAGAAUUACGUUUGGUGAUGGAAGAAAACUUCCCAGAGGAGGCACCUGAAGAAAUUGUCAAGAUUUUAAGUAAUUUUAUUUAUUACCGCUAUUUAAGUCCUGUCAUUACAGCACCUGAACAAUACAUUACCAUUCGUCAGGAAAUCUCUUCACUGCAAAGAAGGAAUCUGGCUGAAAUUUCAAAAAUGCUGCAACAAAUAUCCAACGGGAAAACAAUGGAUAGCCAUCAUAUUCAAGUCAAUAUCUUGAAUGAUUUUAUUACUCAAUCAGCACAAAAAUUUACAAACUGGUUUUUGGAUUUGACGGACGUCAAUGAACCUGAACAACAUUUCGGUAUGGACCAUUUGACUGACUACACCAAUACUAAAAAGCCAACAGUUUAUGUGCAUCCUUCUGAACUCUAUCAUAUUCAUCAGCUUUUAGAAGAAAACGUAGAUUUUAUUGAACGUCAAAAUAAUGGUAUCCUUCAUUCAAUUUUGUCCGAUUUAGGUUCUGCUCCCACGAAUAUUGCUGGAUCUGGUCCAUUACAUGUAAUUCGUCUUGAACUGAGUGAUCGAAGAGAUGGUAUUCCUACUGAAACUGGAGGAAAUAUUCAAAAACUAUUACUGGAUACAAAGCGGUUAGUUAUCUUAGUUAUUCAAGUACAGUCAGGUCCUGAUUUAGAGACUAUCUUUAAGGAACCUGUAACAGAGGAGCAUGAAGCCAUUUGGGAGGUUGUACAAGAGCAGGCUUUCCCAUCUGAAGGAACUGAACAAGAGAUUGAAAUGGCUAAUCGUGAAAGAUAUUUUAAAUUUGGUUAUGAGAAUGCUGCUAUGGAUGUAAAGAGCUUGAGUUUCGCCAAAUUAAAAUCAUUUGCUUAUAGUCUGCAUAACCAUCUGAUGAAACAUGGUAUUAUUCCUGAGAGUCAAGGCUAUCAAAGUAUUAUUAAUAUGAUUGCCUUGGAUAUUACCAAGAAAGGCGAGCGUCGAAAAUUACGUAAUACUGAAAUCAAAAAGCUUCAAACUAUCUUGGCUCAUUUGGAAGAAAAACGUCAAUAUUUAAUUAGCCAAGGUACCAGUUAUAAAGAAUAUCUGGAUGGUUGUAUGAAAAACAUGGCAGAAAGAAGAGGCAAAAAACAAAAGUUUGUAUUUCCUUUUACAAGACAGUAUUUCCAUAUGAAAAGUUUGCAAAAAAAGGGAUUAGUGCCUAAGUUUGGAUCUUUCAAAUAUUCUGCAAAAACGCUAUAUGAUCGAGGCAUUAUUAUUGAUAUUUCAGGCGUGUCUAAGAAACUUUAUUCUCGAAUCACAAUUAUUUUAUCUAUGGAUCGUGCAGGUAUCAUUACCUUUGAAGGCUAUUUCCCAUUAGCCAAUACACAGGAUUUGCAUGUAGACGUUCAAUAUGAGGACUUAUUACAUACACAAUACGAAGGUGUACAGACAAUGAAAGUAUUAGAUGGAAUGGCUACUGUCAAUGUUAACCUUUUGAUCUACUUGAUUAACAAAAAAUUCUAUCAUACUGCUUAG